AUGCCUCCAGCUAAGAAACAGAAGAGUUCGCGCCACUCUGGCGUCUCCACGCAAGAUGCCCACAGCGACAGCUCAGACUCUGCCUUUGAAUCUGUGCGCCCACGCAAAAACAACAAGCGCAAGAGCACGGAAAGUGCGAGUGAUGAGAGCCAGAACGCGAGCAAGCGGGUAGAACUUGAGAAAUUAGCGCCAUAUGACUAUGUUUGCAUCCCUCGCCCCCUCUUUGAUGUCGAGGGUGAGAAUUGGCUCACAUGGUCAAUCAAUCCGUCAGCCCAUGUCGAAGAGGAAGAUGUUUAUAACAAGCUGUACAAACCCAAAUGGGAGCAGGAAAAGAAAGACGGUGUCUACAUGUCCCCACCUGAGAACCAUCCAGGACGCAAGUGGGUCAUGAUGUGGGGUGCAUGGCUCAAGAGAAACUUCCUGAUCCAGAAAGCUGAGUACUGUGACCCUGACAACUUCCACAUGCACAUUUACACCGAUUGGACAAGUUGGGGUAUAAUUGAGAUUGGAGAGAACAUGAUGAUCGAGUUUAACAAGGCCUAUCAAUCAAAAGAGCCUACACGCCUCGAAGAGAUGUGGGUCAUCAUUAGUGCUGUGGGUUUAUGGCUCAAUGAAGGGAAUUGCGUUAGCCAACUGAUUGAGGGCGAAGCUGAAGAUGUACCAAUGUUCAUUGGCCUUCUUGGCUGUGCUUUACUCACAACCCUUGCGGCCGUGGAGAAGGCAGGCGAACUCAAGCCAGACUCACGUUUUAUCGACCUGGCCCUCGUUAUCGCCUAUUACAUGGAGGUAUCGUACGAUCUUCCUGCUUAUGGUGUUGAGGGCGACUGUGUAGCCUGGCGCAAGCACGUUGUAAGCUACUUUGAGAAGGGCAAUCUGGAUCCAGCCAAGGGCCUGUCGACGACGAAGUUAAGGAUUGAGAAACUGAAGAAGGUGAACAAUUACAACGAGGAAGCUGAUGUGCCAAAUUCUGUAGCAAAUCUCCCUGUGACGUACGAUGACAAUCCCGUAUUGAAAUUAAUACGGGAGGAAGACAAUGGAAAGGAAAAUGAGCAUCCAAAAGCAACGGACAAGACAUCUGGAUCGUCGAAUCUAAAGAGCAGUAAAGGUAAAAAUACAGAGAAAGAGGAUGAUGUCUGGAAUUGGGUCAAGGUCUUCCAGACAUACAAGAAAAGACGAGAGCCAAUAAUGGGCGGGGAACAAUACGAUAUCACCAAGAUGACUCGAGCUGAACGAGCGAAGUGGGCGUUUAAUCACAAAGAUCCCCUCGCAGAUAUACCAGCCAAGGAUCUGAAAAACAACCUGGUAGAUUUCAAGCCAUAG